UAAGCCUUGUUUAAUGUUGCGGUGCUGCUGUGCAAGCUCUGUUCGUAUUCCAUUCAUUUCUGCCCACUGAAAAGCUCUGCAAUUUCCACAGGAUGGCCCUUACUCGAGGAAUCUUCAUUGUUGGUGCCAAGCGUACGCCCUUCGGUGCCUUUGGCGGUGUAUUGAAGGAUAAGACCGGUACCGACCUUGCUGAGGUGGCAGCUAAGGCGGCGCUAGCAGCAGGCAACAUCGACCCUGCGAUCAUCGACACCACCAUCAUUGGAAAUGUGUCACACACAGCACCAGAUGCCGCAUACACAGCCAGGCAUGUUGCUCUCCGGUGUGGGGUAACAGUCUCUAAGCCUGCCCUAGGUGUCAAUCGACUGUGCGGGUCUGGCUUCACCUCAAUAGUAUCUGCAACACAGGAGAUACUGGCAGGUGAUGCGGAGGUAGCACUGACGGGAGGAACAGAGAAUAUGAGCAUGGCUCCAUACACACUCAGAGGGGCUAGGUUUGGUACCAGGCUCGGUGAAGACCAAAAGCUGGAAGAUACCCUAUGGGCUACCCUAACCGACGCACACAUUAAGACCCCUAUGGGAAUCACGGCAGAGACUCUAGGUGCCAAGUAUGAUGUCACGAGGGAAGAUUGUGAUGAAUUUGCAUUGCUUGGUCAACAGAGAUGGGCAGAAGCUAACAAGGCAGGUAUCUUUGACGCUGAGCUGGCACCAAUCGAGCUGGCCUCCAAGAAGGGACCAAAGUCUGUUACCACCGAUGAACACCCUCGCGAGGCCACUAUGGCUCAGCUUGCCAAGUUACCACCAGUAUUCAAGAAGAAUGGCUUAGUAUCAGCAGGGAACGCAUCGGGUAUCUGUGACGGUGCAGGAGCAGUGAUCCUAGCCAGCGAAGAGGCGGUUGCUAAGCACAACCUCAGGCCCCUCGCUCGGAUCGUCGGGUACAACGUUGCCGGGUGUGACCCCAGCAUCAUGGGCAUUGGACCGGUCUACGCCAUCAGGAAUGCCUUGGAGAAAGCCGGGCUCAAGCUCAGCGACAUGGACCUUGUGGAGGUCAAUGAGGCGUUCGCAGCACAGUUCAUCGCAGUGGAGCGCGAGCUUGGGUUGGACCGUCAGAAGACAAACGUCAACGGGGGUGCUAUUGCCAUGGGUCAUCCUGUGGGGGCCUCUGGGGCGAGGAUCACAGCACACCUAGUCCAUGAGCUCAGACGGAGAGGUAACAAGUAUGGUGUGGGCUCAGCCUGUAUCGGUGGCGGACAAGGAAUAGCUAUUAUCCUAGAAAGCUUGUAAUAUAACCAUCCAGCGACGACUACCAGACCAAACCAUGCCUUUCAACCAUGAAAGAACACAUCUAGAGACAAUCGCCAUUUUUCUUUCCUUAUCAAUGACCUUUUACCGGGUUGACUCAGCUUGUAUGAGAUGGCACCAUUUCUUUUGCCCUAACCCUUGCAAUAAAACCGAAAAGCUCCAAGUAAAACAUUUCGAUGCUGGCACCAAAACUGUGCUUUUCAAACAUAAGAACACAUCGCUAUUCAUUUUUCACUCAUCUAUGAUUUCUAAAUGAUACGGCUCAGCCUGAAUCGGACUGGUAAUUGUUCUUCUGUUGAAUAUCUUUCAGUCUUAACAAAAAACAGCAAAGGCCACUAGAAUUCGAUGCCAGUAAAACUGCACCUAUGAAACAUAAGACAUUUAGACAAUCAACAGUAGACCUUCUUACAUCUAUGAUUUCUAACUGAUUUUGCUUGGCCUGAAUCGGACUGGGUAUUGCUCUCCCGUUGAAAAGCUUUUGAGUAUUAACAAACAACAAAGACCCCUAGAUUUUGAUACCAGUAAAACAGCAACUGUCAAACAUGAGAAGAAUUAGGCAAUCAAUAGUAAUCCUUCCUUCAUUUGAUUUCUAACUGGAACGGCUCAGCCUGUAUAAGCUUGCAAUUGCAACAAGCAAACACAAGGGUGGUGUUUCACAAAAACUAACAUCUUGACUUGACUUGAACUAUGGCAGGCAAAAGGUGGUCAACAAGUUUUGAUGUGUCUAAUCUAAGAUUUGCAUGCAAAUUAAUUGGUAAUCCAAAAAUCUGGUGUAUUCAAGGUAACUCUUCCACAUUGCAUUUGGAAAUUCCCAAUUAUACAUGUUAUUGCCCUUAUAGACGCUACCAGAUGGAUGUAUUCAUGUUUAAAAUAUAUAGUUUGACAUUCCAGAUGAUCUAAAUUGUCAUGUCAUGUCUAUCUAUCUUUUGUUUGUUUUUUAACAAUACAGGAUUAAUACAUUACAUGAAAAUGUA